AUGGAUCAAGAUUUUGAGGUGAACAAGAGCAGUGAAUGUAGUCGCCUGCCGUUGAUGAACUUGACUUUGGAGGAGGAUGCCAGUAUAUACCUCCUUGACAACGGCAUCAGCACAACAAUGCUGACCAUUCUUUUCACCAUCUUAGCCGUCGGCAUCCCAGGCAAUCUUGCCUUUCUCUUCGUAGUGGCUCGUGUGCCGUACAUGCGGACCAUCACCAAUGUCUACCUGGCUACUCUGGCCGUGGCCGACCUCAUGUUCCUGAUCAGCAGCAUAGUGCAGUACAACUUCUACUUUACUCACCCCGUCCGCAGUCACCUAGCAACCGCGUCAUUCGUGGGCUGUGUGGGCGCCUUCUUCCCCCAGUACGUCACCUAUUUCGCCUCCAUCUCCAUGGUGAGCCUGGUCACCCACGAGCGAUACAACGCCAUCUGUAAGCCGUUCCUCUACCACGGACAGCAGGGCGGCACGAGGUUGAAGCAGAGCUUGAAGCUGGUGGUUGGUAGCUGGCUGGUGGCAGUUGGCCUGGCUGGUUUAGUCAUGGUGCGAUAUGCUAAACUCUUCAAGACCUGCGCGAUCUGGCCGGAUGAGGAACCUUACUACGACCUACCGGUCCAGUUGGGAUACUGUGUGGCCGUCAGUCACUGGGGACUGAUUGUCGGUCAUGUCUUAGAAUCCAUCGUCUUCAUCGUCGCCUUGAUUACUAAUGCAAUCAUGUGUACCCUGAUCAUCAUCAAUCUCAAUACCAGAGUGAGACGCAAGCGUGAGCAGAACCUACUCACGCCUUCGUCAGUGGACACCCAGCAGGCUCUUCAUAUCCGUAACCAGGUCACCCGUAUGCUGAUCGCCAACGGUGCCGUGUUCUUUCUCUGCCAGACGCCCUUCAUCGCCUUAUCCCUAGGCUUCCUCGUGGAGAAUCUGCUCGGGGUCCCACCUGAUGUCACGUACCGGAAGUUGGUGUUCGCCCUCACCGUCUGUCACGUGUUUGUGUUUUUGAAUUCGGCGGUUAAUCCCAUCAUCUAUAACGUGACGAGCCGUCAUUACCGGCAAGCCUUCGUGGAAGCUUUCUCCCGUUCCACCAACAAAAAUGACCAUAAAAUCGACUGCAACCAAAACGCUGUGAAGCAGAGCCACUAUGUCGCUCUAGCAGUGCUGUAACGUGGAAACCCGAUGCGUUAUACAGUGAAACGUAGCUAUAACGAACACCACUAUAACGAACAUUUGGUUAUGACGAACGUCCCCACGGGCUCAGCUCACGAAAUAGUGAAUUAUAUUAUAAUGCACAAUCACUGUAACGAACAACCACUAUAGCGAACACUUUCUGUGCACCCCAUCGUGUUCGUUACCGCGGCGUUUCACU